AUGCAGGAAGAUGUUGUCAUUGGCAUUCGUGCUACACCCAUCAUGCAGUGUCUGUUUAGUGGUACUGAGCCAGAACUAGAGAGCUACAACAGUGCCUACAUGAAGAAGGUGAAAUGGGAAAAUAGGGAAAACUCCUUCAGCCGUUCCCGAAGUUCCAGCGUGUCCAGUAUCGACCGAGACUCAAAGGAGGCAAUUACUGCUCUGUGCUUCAUGGAGUCCUUUGCCCGAAAGAAUGACUCCACUGUCUCUCCCUGUCUCUGGGUUGGAACGGGCCUUGGUAUGGUCUUAAUCCUCUCCCUUAAUCUGCCUGCUAGCGAUGACUUACGGCAGUCAGAACCCGUCAUGGUGUCACCAAGUGGCACAGUUCUGACACUGAAAGGAGCCGUGCUGACCUUUGCGUGCUUGGACUGCAUGGGGACGUUGACACAUCCACCGUAUGAAGUAUGGAGGGACCCACACAGUGCUGAUGACGGUGAAAAAACAAGAAAAAGGAAACUUGUCAUGCAUUCCCCUUCCUCCUCCCAGGAUAUGGGUGAUCAUCAAUUUGCAGUCAUUUGUUCAGAAAAACAAGCCAAAGUCUUCUCAUUGCCUUCCCAAACAUGUCUUUAUGUCCACAACAUCACCGAAACGUCUUUUUUAUUGCGAGCAGAUGUGGUCACCCUCUGUAACAGCGUCUGUCUGGCGUGCUUUUGUGCCAAUGGGCACAUCAUGACACUGAGCUUGCCCAGCCUUCGCCCACUGCUGGACAUCAACUAUUUGCCCGUGACAGACAUGAGGAUAGCGCGGACCUUUUGUUUCACUAACGAAGGGCAAGCUUUGUAUCUCAGCUCUCCCACAGAGAUCCAGCGCCUGACAUACAGCCAGGAGAUGUGUGACAACCUGCAGGACAUGCUUGGGGAUUUGUUUACUCCUGUGGAAACACCAGAAGCCCAAAACAGAGGCUUUCUCAAAGGACUUUUUGGAGGAAGCGGACAAGCUUUUGACAGAGAGGAGCUUUUUGGCGAGGCCACAGCAGGAAAAGCCUCUCGCAGUCUUGCCCAGCACAUCCCUGGAUCAGGUGGAAUUGAAGGCGUGAGAGGAGCAGCAGGAGGAGUCAUCGGGGACUUGACUCGCGCGCGUAUUGCCCUUGAUGAGAGAGGACAGAAACUGGGGGAGCUGGAUGAAAGGACUGCGAGCAUGAUGGCCAGCGCAGAGGCGUUUUCCAAACAUGCCCACGAGGUGAUGCUGAAAUACAAGGACAAAAAGUGGUACCAGUUUUAGACUUUCAAAGAAGCUGCUUGUGGCUUUAUUAAGAACACUGUUGAGGGAAGCAACAUUCAUUCCCAAAUCUACUAGUCACUGGCCAGAGACAGUUUUUUCUCCUAGAUGUUUUCCUGUUACUAUUAUCGGAUUCAUCGCAGUGGGAGUCAAGGAGAAAUUUUACAGACUGUGAGACGGAAGCUAGAGUCACGUGGGUCUUACUCCAACAGCUGGCUCAUGUGGUAGCCUAAUUUUUUCCAAAAGGAACUCAACCAUCACUGUGGCAUGUAGUUUUUCAAAGCUGUAGGUAUGAACGGUGGGGAGUGCGUCUGGUUAAAAAUAUUCUGUACAAACUCGAAUGUUAAUGCACUUAUAAAACUUUGCAUGACUAAUUGACAUCUUAAAA